AUGCUAUCUUCAAUACGCCGUCGGAUCUUCCGCAGCAAACCGGAUCAUGACCGGACCACCAACGGAGUUCCGGCCUCUGAUUUCCGGGCCCCCGGCGCUUCAGCCCCUGAAGCUCCGUCCGAACCACAACCCCGACGGGCCAAAUCCUUCUUUUAUUCUGGCAUCAAGACACUUCACAGCUCACAGGACGAUAAAAUUGACAUCGUCUUCAUCCACGGUCUGAACGGCGAUUGUGAAAAGACAUGGACCGCCAAAACGGAGAUACAGCCUUGGCCAAAGGUCUUUCUUCCGCCAGAACUUCCAAACUGCCGCGUUCUGACGUACGGAUACGAUGCGGGUGUGGUCGACUCCUCCAAAAAUCGAGUCUCAGAUCAUGCCUACACUCUGUUGACAUCUCUCGCAUCUUGUCGACAGUCUGCCGAAACGGCUGAGAGACCGAUCAUCUUUGUCUGUCAUAGUCUCGGCGGAUUGGUCUGCCAAGAUGCCCUGGUGGCAGCCAAGCAGCGUCCCGAAGCACAUCUCCAGAAGAUCUUUCACCUGACCCGAGGUAUCGUCUUUCUGGGGACACCGCAUCAUGGGUCAAGCCUCGCAAAAUGGGGAGAGAUGUUAUCUCGCUCCGUUGGCAUGAUGAAGCAGACCAACACUGAGAUCGUCCGGCUACUUACGCGCGACUCGGAAGUUCUCGCUCGUAUCCAGGAUUGCUUCCACACAUUGAUCAUGGCCCGGAACAAGGAGGAAACAAACAACAUUGAAAUCACCUGCUUUUACGAAGAGCUCCCCAUGAAAAGGAUCGGCGUGGUUGUUCCAAAACACUCAGCCACUCUUCCCGGAUACAUCUCGAUCGGAAUCCACAGCAACCAUGCUCAGAUGACAAAGUUUGGCAGUCGGGCUGAGCCAGGAUUCGUGGCAGUGUGUGGUGAGCUCAAGCGUUGGGUCAAGAAGAUCGAGCAACAGGGGCCGACUGAAUCAAAGAGCCACCACCCUGGGCAGGUUACUGAGGCGGUCCCGCAUUAUCUCAUCCCCUAUACCAGCAAUCCAGACUUUGUUGGAAGGUCCGAUGUCAUCGAAUCAUUGAAGGACCAGCUUGGCCACGCGGAGUCUACGCCACGGAACAAGGCACACCUACGGGCUUCGCUAUGCGGUCUCGGUGGUGUCGGGAAGACCCAGGUUGCACUUGCGUACGCCUACUGGCUACAGGAAGCUCACCCAGAAAUUUCACUCUUCUGGGUUCAUGCCAAUAGUGCUGAACGAUUUGUCCACUCCUAUGCUAACAUCGCUGAGGAGUGCCACAUCCCUGGCUAUGAUGAGUCGAGCGGUCUUGACAGCCUGUCGGUCGUGAAGAGCUGGCUUGAAAGCAAGGAUAGUGGGAAAUGGCUGAUGAUCAUCGAUAAUGCCGACGACAUGCAGCUCUUCUUUCCUUCAGGGGAUGGGGAGAAGUUUUCCGAUUACAUCCCCGAGUGUGCUCACGGCACCGCUCUCAUCACGACGAGGAAUCUGCAAGUGGGCUCAAGGCUCACGAGAGGGAAGCGCCCUAUCGAGGUCAAUAAGAUGGAUGAAGACGAGUCAGUUCAGCUUCUUAUCCGUGGACUUCAAGGCAUCGACGAGGAUCCCAUAGAUCUCUUACGACUCUCAUCUCGACUCGAGUUCCUGCCUCUUGCACUCGUGCAAGCUUCUGCCUUUAUUCAGGAGAACACCAUCACUGUCGACAAGUACCUGGAGCUCUUGGAUGGGAGCGAAAAGGGCUUGGUCGAUCUAUUGAGUGAGGAUUUUGAGGCAGCUGGGAGAGACUCGGCAACACCUCGUGCUGUCACCGAAACCUGGAUCCUUUCUUUUCAGCAGAUCGAGCGACAAUAUCCCUUUGCAGCCGAGCUUCUCUCCCUCAUGAGUCUCUUCGAUCGACAAUCAAUCCCCAUGGAUUUUCUCGAGUUCUACAGUGAAGAAAAGGAAAAGAAGCCCAACAGUGCUAUACAACUUGUCAAGGCUCUUGGCAUCCUCAAGGCUUUCAGCUUCAUCAUAGCUGAGAAACGCGGCGAUCACAACAUGCACCGUCUGGUACAGUUGGUGACCCGUGCUUGGUUGAAUCGCAACGGCACCAAGAACGAGUUCACAAGAUGGGCGCUCCUGGCAGUCUCGGAUUCUUAUCCUUAUGGCCACUUUGAGGACAUUUCAACAUGCAGCGCAUACCUUGCGCACGCCUACGCCGUCUUGGAUUCGGAUGACAUCGAUUCACAGACAGAGCCGAAGCGCACUGAUUCAGAGACGGAGGGAAAAUUGGUCAAGGCAUCUCUCCGCCAUAGAGUCGGCGGGUUUUUCUUGUUCCAAGGUCGAUACGCAGAGGCCGAAAGACUACAGCGACAAGCGAUCAACACAAGGACGGAACUGUUAGGAGCCGAGCAUCCUGAAACACUAACAGUCAUGUCCGAUCUUGCCGCUGCUCUCUGUAAUCAGGGCCAAUGGGAAGAGGCCGAGGAAUUGGAGGUGCACAUCAUGGAGACAAGGAAACGGCUGCACGGAGAGGAGCACGAGCAAUCGCUAGAUGCCAUGAACAACCUCGCUUUUACGAUCUUUGAGCAAGGUCGGCUGGAGGAAGCAGGGAAGCUUUGGAGUCGGGUGUUGGAAAUCAGGAAGCGUGCGCUUGGAGAAGAUCACUUGGAUACGAUCCUUGCUAUGAACAACCUCGCCACAACACUUGGAGGCGAGGCGGAAAAGGAGCUCCAGAGGCGCGUCAUCGAGACAAGAAAGCGCUUGCUCGGAGAAGAGCACCCGGAUACUCUGAUCAGCAUGGGAAACCUAGCGAUGACGCUCUACGAAAAUGGAGAAACGUGGGAAGCAGAGGAGCUGCAGGUGCAAGUGCUGGAGGUUAGCAAGCGGGUGCUCGGAGAAGAACAUCCCGAUACCCUCAUCGCUAUGACAAACCUCGGACGGACUUGGACCUUGCUGGGAAAGCUCUCUGCAGAUACGAGGCACCUCUAUCCUGACGUGGAUAUGCUCGGCGAUGCUCUCGCCCUCCUGCAGGAAUGCGUUCGCCUUCGGCGUCAGGUGCUCGGCGAGGAUCAUCCGGACACGCAGGAGUCGUGCGAAUGCCUAGAGGAGUGUCGAGUUGCAUUGAAUGCCGAGGCAACUCAGCAGAAUAGCCAGGUGGAAGUUCAGUUUGCCGAACUUCCAGACAAGACAGACGACUGA